GACCACGGACUCGGACGACGACAGUAAGGGUGUCGAAACAGCACUUGCAUUCGUUCAUAAAGUGCAAAUGGGUCAUGCAUCAAAACGUUUAUAUUCCACGGCUUCAAAGCUAGCUGUAUCCACCUCUCAGUUAAAGCAGUUCCCACCAAAAGAGGCCAUCUUCAGAGGCGACUCAAGAAAACCUCAUUUCUUUGACGCAGAGUCAUGGGCUGCUUUACAACCUCCACCGACAUCCUCUUUGACUGCAUUCGCGCAUCGAAUAGGCCUUGGUACCGUCUUGACUUCUGCCGACGAAGUUCGACGAGCUUGCACACACCAGUCUUUUUUAAACCUCCAUGCCAAAUUCUACCCUACUAGCCCCGCUCCUCUAACCAACGCUAACCUUGCUACCAUCGGAAACUCUCUAUUGGGCCUUUUUGCUUCGGAAUAUAUUCACGCGUCCUAUCCGCAUCUUCCGACACGGGUUUUGAAAGCUGCUGUCAGUGCUCAUGUGGGGCCUUUGACUUGUGCUGGUGUAGCACAUGAGAUGGGUGCAGCGUCGCUGCUGCGAUGGCAUAGACAGCCAACUACACCCACUUCACCCGCUUUGUUACACUCUGAUGCCCUCGCGUCAAUACCACGAGCAUUGACCGCAAUGGUGUACCAAGAGCGUUCAUUGAGCUCUGCUCGAAAGUUCGCGCAAUCUUUUUUCCUCAGCCGGGAUGUGGACUUGCGUAGCAUGAUAAAAUUUCGAGACCCUAAAAGAGCCCUGACAGAAACGGUUGUCAAGUUCAACCGUGACCGGCCAAAAUCUAGAUUACUCAAGGAAACCGGUCGUUAUUCCAACUCGCCAAUAUUUGUGGUUGGUAUCUAUUCUGGUGCUGAUAAACUGGGUGAAGGGUUCGGUAGCUCGUUGAAGAUGGCAGAGUACCGGGCUGCUGAAGAUUCUCUCCAUCGUCUAUAUCUUACGCGGACUCCAUCUCACUUACUGCAGCUCCCAUCGUCAACGUUCUCUUCGAGCCGAGGGAAUGUUUAUCAUAGGAGUUCGGAGGAAGACUAUGUUCCCGGAGAGCUUGGUGAAGCAGAGGCGUUGUAUGCGAGCUCUGGACGCAGCAGCAUUGUUGCACCGAAGCGACCUACAUUAGAAGAGGAGGAGAUGCGCCGGUCAGGGAGUGUUGUAUAAUACACAAGAUCUAGUUAAUAAUCUGCAUUGCUCUUGAAUAUUUACGACAAGGGUUGGAAUCAAUU